AAUUUAAUUCUGAACAUGAACGAUCAUGGAUUCGUGGUUUGUGCAUUCAAUAGAACUGUGGAGAAAGUGGAUCAUUUUCUGGCAAAUGAAGCAAAAGGGACUAAUAUCAUUGGUGCUCAUUCCAUGGAAGAAAUGGUGUCCAAGCUGAAAAAGCCAAGAAGAGUCAUGUUGUUAGUAAAGGCUGGUGCUGCAGUUGACACUUUCAUUGAAAAACUGCUUCCUCUUCUUGAACCUGGAGAUAUCAUCAUUGAUGGUGGAAAUUCAGAAUACAAGGAUUCCAUUAGACGCUGUAAGAAUCUUCAAGAGAAUGGUAUUCUAUUUGUAGGAAGUGGUGUGAGUGGUGGUGAAGAAGGGGCACGUUAUGGGCCAUCACUCAUGCCAGGGGGGUCCGAGCAGGCUUGGGCACAUAUCAAACCCAUCUUUCAAGCUAUUGCUGCUAAAGUUGGUAGUGAACCAUGUUGUGAUUGGGUUGGYGGUGAUGGUUCUGGUCAUUUUGUUAAAAUGGUUCACAAUGGAAUAGAAUAUGGAGACAUGCAGCUUUGCUGUGAAGCCUAUCACUUGAUGAAAGAUGCAUUAGGAAUGACGGCUGAUGAAAUUAGCAAGGUCUUUGAUGAGUGGAACAAGGGAGAACUUGAUUCAUUUCUUAUUGAGAUCACUAAAAAUAUCCUGGCAUACAAAGACACUGAUGGUGCUCCAUUACUUGAGAAGAUACGAGAUUCUGCAGGACAGAAAGGAACUGGAAAGUGGACAGCUAUUUCAGCCCUUGAGUACGGAAUACCAGUUACAUUAAUCGGUGAGUCAGUUUUUGCUCGAUGCCUGUCGUCUUUGAAGGAUGAAAGAGUACAUGCCAGCAAACAUCUUACUGGUCCAUCUGUCCAAAAGUACACUGGAAACAGAAAAGAAUUUGUUGAGCACAUCAGAAAGGCACUGUAUGCAUCUAAGAUAGUGUCCUAUGCCCAAGGAUUCAUGCUGAUGAGAGAAGCAGCUAAGGUGUUUGGUUGGAAUCUUAACUAUGGUGGAAUAGCUUUAAUGUGGAGAGGUGGCUGUAUAAUCAGAAGCCGUUUUCUUGGCAACAUCAAAGAAGCUUUUCAAAAGAACCAUGAUCUUGAAAAUCUUCUUCUUGAUGACUUCUUCAAAGCUGCAAUACAUAAUUGCCAGGCACAGAGAGAUUACUUUGGAGCCCAUACGUACGAGCUUCUCUCCAACCCAGGCCACUUCAUUCACACCAAUUGGACUGGCAAAGGAGGCAAUGUGUCUUCAACAACAUAUCAAGCUUAGACAUAAUCAUCCAAUCACAAUGCUAAAUUCUCAAUACAUAAGAUGUAAUCUACAAUUGUAGUCUUUAGAAUCUAAUUGCUUAUCUGAUAAUAAAGUGAAAGCUCAUCUGUUA